AUGGGGGCUCCUGCAGCUCUCCUGUGGGAUGCUUUCCGUGAUUCCAUCUGCGAGGACCACAUAGAGCGUAAUCCUCUCGAUGUUGAACUGGCCUACAAGCUAGGUCUCAUCGAUAUUGAUCGGAGUCUUCGUCGGCAGGGUUCUUGCGUCGCAGAUCAUGGCCUCCCCGAUGUACACGAUGACACGACGGAGUUGGGCAGAGAACUGCUCUUACAUGGUGAAAAUCAACAGAGAGUGUUUGUGGAGGAGUGGGUGCCAAAGCUCUCUGAAGAUCAAAACCGCGUAUUUGAGUACGUUACCUCCGUUCUCAAUGCCCCUGCCAGCGGAACGUCGUCGAAAAUCAUUUUUCUUGACGGCCCGGGAGGCUAUGGGAAGACCACUCUGAUUCGUGUCAUUCUCGCAUACGUGAGAGGUUGUCGUCAGGUUGCACUGGCAGUCGCUAGCUCUGGGAUCGCCGCGGGUAACAUGCCUGGUGGAACUACAGCUCACAGCAUGUUCCGGUUGCCACUCGACUUCGGUGACGGCACCGGCUUUUGGAACAUCACCAACGGCUCCCAGCGAGCAGAGCUCAUCAGGGCCGCAAGGCUCAUUGUCUUUGAUGAGGCCCCGAUGGCACAUCGGUUCGUUUUCGAGGUUCUUGACAGAUCCCUGCGAGACCUCAUGCGUUCCAGUGAGCUAUUCGGUGGUAAAAUAUUCCUCUGUUGUGGCGACUUUCGCCAGAUCGCGCCUGUCGUUGUAAACGCUCGUACUCCAACUGACAUUGUUUGUGUCUCACUUCGGGCUUCCCAUCUGUGGCAGCAUUUCAAAAUUUUUGCCCUGACAACAGCUCAUCGGACUAGUAGUUCCACAGCCUAUUCCGAAUUCCUUCUUAGGGUAGGCAACGGAACUGUCAGUUCGACCACUUUCUUGGAGGGACGGAACGAACAAAGUCUAAUUCCGCUGCUCGGGAUUAGACAAGUGACGUCUUUGACUGAUUUGGUCGAUUCCGUCUUUCCCGCAAACGUCCUACUCGACUCUGAUAUGUGUUCGCGACGCGCAAUCCUCUCGACUCUGAUAGUGAACGUCAAGGAGAUCAACGACCACAUCUUGAACUCCCUCGACGGUCAUCUGUACGAGCUGAGGAGCGCCGACACAGUCGACAGAGAGAACGACGAUGGCCUGGAUGUCGACGUUCAACUCCUGAACACGGCUACUGGCAAGGGCGUACCAGACCAUGUUCUGCGGCUGAAGAUCGGUUCUGUUUGCCUCAUUAUGAGGAACCUCAACAUCGCUGAAGGACUCGUCAACGGCACUAAAGUCAUCGUAAUCGGCAUCACCAACCGCCUGAUUACAGUGAGACUUCCCGGACAGACGCAACCUAUCGGAAUUCCCCGGAUUACCUUUACUUUUGCGUUUGUCGAGGGUUCGCCGUUACGUGUUCGUCGACGUCAGUUCCCACUGAUGUUGGCCUAUUGCAUGACCGGACACAAGAGCCAAGGUCAGACAAUAGAUUCAGUCGGUGUUGAUUUACGGACCGAUUGCUUCACGCACGGGCAACUAUACGUCUUGCUCAGUAGGGUCAGACAUCCAGACCAUAUUGUUGUUCUCGUACACCCCGAACGUGUCCGAGAUGGAAUCGCAUACGCAAAGAACAUCGUGUAUGGCGAUCUCCUUCUCUAA